AUGGGGAAGGGAAAGGGGAAAUGGAAGCAGCAGCAGCAGCUGCAGCUGCAGCUAGCGGAAUUGAGAUUCCUCGGCUGCCGCCACGGCCUCGUCCUCAUCCUCAACUCGACGCGCCUGGAGAUUACCGUGUGGGACCCCGUCACCGGAGACAAGCGGUGCGUGGCGCUUCCGCGGGGUUUCAACAGAGAACACCCACGUUUUGCUUUCCUCUGCGGCGCGCUGCUCUGCGACGACCACGCCGGCCGGGCGCCACUGGAAUCCUUCAAGGUGGUGCUCUUACGGACUGAUGAUGUGCUACCUAAUGCUGACCCUCAUGCAUUUGCCUUCCUCUACGAGUCCAAGGCCGAUGUGUGGAGCAACAUCAUCUCAACAUCCAUCAGGGCUCCGCUUUCAUUCGCCAAGCCUAGCAUCCUAGUCGGGAAUUCACUCUACUGGUUGCUUCUUGGUUAUGGGAAUGGUGGGAUCCUUAAGUUUGAUUUGGAUAGGAAGAAUCUAACUGCAAUCGAUACCCCGACGGAUGCACGAGAUGCCCUUCGUUCUCAGAUCUUGCGGAUGGAAGAUAGUAGGCUCGGCUUUGCCAUUUUGACAGAUUUUAGCAUUCAGUUAUGGGAGAAGAAGCCCAAUUCUGAGGGUGGUGCCAAAUGGAUGCUUCAGAAAACCAUCAAUCUGGACAAGCUCAUUUCACUGGGACCAGCGUUCGAUAGAUCCUGGACACUGAUACAGGGGUAUGAUGAGGAUGGUAAUACUAUUUUUGUAAAAGCAGAUCGGCAAGUCUUCAUGAUCCAACUCAAGUCACUGGAAUUAAAGAUUAUUUUUGAAGAUGAUAUCAUCCUCUAUCAUCCCUUCACAAGUUUCUAUACUACAGGCAGGGGCAUUGGCAGUGGAGACAUUGGAGCUGAGAUUUUGAACAACACAUGA